UGGCAUCAUUAGCCAUGGCGUCUUCACUUUCUGCUUCUUCAUUUCGAUUGUAUAUGGACUACCGUCGACGCUGGUCGCUGUUCAUGACGACGAUGGUGGUGGCGGUGGCGGCGAUGAUUAGCUGCUCGGAGGGUCAAAUGGUCCCGGCGGCGUUCGUGUUUGGUGACUCGGUGGUGGACGUCGGGAACAACAACCACCUCCUCUUCUCGAUAGCCAAAUCCAAUUACCCACACUACGGUGUCGAUUUUGCGUAUGGCGAACCCACCGGACGCUUCUCCAACGGCAAGAUCCCUUCCGAUUUGGUCGCUGAAAAACUUGGUCUGCCAUCCCCGCCGCCAUAUCUAUCGAUCAGGCACAUCUGGCAAAACAUUAACAAGAAUGUGUCUGAGCUCGGGUUCGGGUUUGGGUUCGGGUCCGGGUCCAUCCCCUUAACCGGUUUGAACUUCGCUUCCGCUGGUUGCGGUGUGUUGAAGAACACUGGAUCCAUUUUCGUAAGUUGGAAUCUUCUGUUUGUUUUAGCAGGUCUCUCAGACUAUAAUGUUAUGUUGUGAUUAGGUUUUUUGACUUGAGCAGGGGGUUCACAUUUCGCUGGAGGAGCAAGUUGAUUACUAUGCCAAGGUCUACUCCACUCUGUUGAAGCUCCGAGGGUACGACCGGACCGAAAACAUAGUGAGCAAAGCCUUGUUCCUGGUUGUGAUCGGCAGCAACGACAUGCUCAACUACUACGAUUCCGACAGUCUUCGCGAGAAGUUCGCCCCCCAAGAUCGUUCCAACCAGACAGCCUCCAAGCUCGUAGAACAGCUCGAGAGGUUAUACGCGUAUGGAGCUCGUAGAUUCGCCCUCACAGGGCUCCCUGCGCUCGGAUGUGCUCCUGCAAGAAGGCUCCCUGUCAAGAAUCAGGAGUGCGACAAUGAGUUGAAUUCCAUGUGUGAUACGUACAACCGAAUGCUCAAGCCAAUGCUGCAACGGUUCAAAUCCAAGCACAAGGGUGUCAGCUACACGUACUUCGACGCCUACACUUUCUUCCUAGACGUCGUCAACAAUGCAUCUCGCUAUGGAUUUAGUGAGACCAAGGCUGCAUGUUGUGGGGUUGGAAAAUUGGAAGCUGAAUUCCUUUGCACUCCCUUCUCGGACUAUUGUGAGGACAGAAACAAGUACAUGUUCUUUGACAGGAUUCAUCCCACAGAGGCGAUGUACCGCCACGUGGUGGAUGCCAUUAUCGACGGUCCGUCGAAAUAUGUAGCACCGAUGAACAUCAGGAAAUUAGUUUCUGAGCAUGCUUCUUAGAGCAGAAGGAAGCUAGCUAGGCUAGUAGUUUUAGUUUAGGGUUAUCAGAGUUUAGACAGACUGUUGUUGCAAAUGCAUGCAUGUAACUGUAAGUCCAAGGUUGUAUGAAAGUUGCCACAUGCAGACACAUUGUUUAAGUCCUAAAAAUAUUGGGUUUAUGCUGGAAGGUGACAAGAUUUUCUAGUUGAUGAGCAAUGGGAAAUAUGAACCACGAUUCAUUCACUUCGCCGAAGGUUUUCGAGACAAGAAAUGGGUAUAACAAAAAACUGUGUAGUUAAAAAGGCAGUUUAUAACAGCCUGUUUGCUGGGUUAUAGAAGCGAAUAAGAUGAGAGGAUACCUCUGACCCGCCGCUAUCAGUCACUAGAAGGAGAUCUCCUUGAAGAAGAGGUUGAGAACGCCAUUGUCAACA